AUGUCAGUGAGGGGCGGGCUCUCUGAUGUCACUCUCCCAGCUGUUCCCCGCACAAUGGCAGCCGGAGGGGCCGAGGCCUGUGGGGGAGAGACGGCCCGUCAGUAGAAGGGAGUGCCGGAGAGACAGGGAGAGACAGGGAGAGACUUCCCAUGUGAGGCUGCGGGAGGGAGACAAGAUGGCGAGCCCUGUGGUGCGACAGAUCGACAAGCAAUUCCUCAUCUGCAGCAUCUGCCUCGAGCGCUACCACAUCCCCAAGGUGCUGCCCUGUCUGCACACCUUCUGUGAGAGAUGCCUGCAGAGCUAUAUCCCGCCGCAGAGCCUGACCCUCUCCUGCCCCGUGUGCCGCCAAACCUCCAUCUUGCCCGAGAAGGGAGUCUCCGCCCUGCAGAACAACUUCUUCAUUACGAACCUGAUGGAGGUUCUGCAGCGCAGCCCGGAGAGUGGGCGCCAGGAGCAGAGCGUCCUGCCCAGCGAGGGCCAAGAAGCCGGCACCCCGUUAUCCUGCCCAAACCACCAGGGCAAGACAAUGGAGUAUUACUGUGGCCCCUGCGAGACAGCCAUGUGUGUAGAGUGCACCGAGGGGGAGCACCGAGAGCACUGCACCGUCCCGCUGAGAGAUGUGGUGGAACAACACAAGGCGUCACUGCGCAACCAGCUGGAGAGUAUUAGGAGCAGGAUCCCCCAGUUGACGUCGGCCAUUGACCUCGUGAGUGAUAUCAGCCGGCAGCUGAGCGAGAGGAAGAACUCGGCGGUGAAUGAGAUUUGCUCCGCCUUCGAGGAGCUGGAGAAGGCUCUGCAGCAGAGGAAGAGCGCUCUGCUGCAGGACCUGGAGGCAAUAUGCGUGGGCAAGCAGAAGGUCCUACAGUCCCAACUCUCCUCCCUACGGCAGGGCUUGGACAAUAUGGAGAGCAGCGUGCGUUUCACAGAGCAAGCCCUAGGGCACGGCUCGGAGACAGAAGUCCUCUUAGUAAGGAAACAGAUGAGCGAGCGUCUCAAUGAGCUGGCCGCCCGGGAUUUCCCACUCCAUCCCCAGCAGAACCCCCAACUUGAGUUUCGAGUAGAGACCGAGGGGCUCAGACGCUCCCUGCAGAACCUGGGGGCCCUGCUCACCACAAAUGCUGUUGCGUAUGCGUCGGUGGCCACAGGAGAGGGCUUACGCCAAGCUCUGGUUGGACAACAGACAUCAGUUACAGUUACCACCAAGGACAUGGACGGGGAGCUGGUGCGCAGUGGCAAUGCCACCCUAAAGGCCCAAAUCACAGGUCCAGAUGGGGGAGCACAAGAGGGAGAGGUGACUGACAAUAAGAACGGAACGUAUGAGGUUUUGUACACCUUGCGCGUAGAAGGAGAGCACCUCUUGUCUCUGAGGCUUUAUGGACAACCUCUGCGUGGUAGCCCUUACCGAGUGCGGGCAAUAAAGCCUGGGGAUGUGCCACCUUCACCCGAGGAUGUCAAGCGCAGGGUGAAAUCUCCAAGUGGGGGGCACAUUCGCCAGAAGGCUGUGAGGAGACCCUCUAGCAUGUACAGUACUAACAAGAAGAAGGAGAAUCCCAUAGAAGAUGAAAUGAUACUGAGAGUGGGCUCCCGAGGGAGAGACAAAGGGGAAUUCUCCAAUUUACAGGGAAUCUCCGCCUCCUGCAAUAAUCGCAUUGUUGUGGCCGACAGCAAUAACCAGUGUAUCCAGGUCUUCACCAACGAUGGGCAGUUCAAGCUUAGGUUUGGAGUUCGAGGUAGGUCCCCGGGGCAGUUGCAGCGCCCAACAGGAGUGGCAGUGGACAUGAAUGGAGAUAUUAUCGUAGCAGACUAUGACAAUCGCUGGGUCAGCAUCUUUUCCCCUGAGGGCAAGUUCAAGAACAAGAUUGGCGUAGGGCGUCUCAUGGGGCCCAAAGGAGUGGCUGUUGACCGUAACGGACACCUAAUUGUAGUAGACAACAAAUCCUGCUGCAUUUUCAUCUUCCAGUCCAAUGGGAAGCUUGUGGGAAGAUUUGGGGCACGUGGACCUGGGGACAAGCAACAACCCGGGGCUUUAGAUGGCCCCCAUUUCGUGGCAGUGAAUAACAAGAAUGAGAUUGUGGUUACAGAUUUUCACAACCACUCAGUCAAGGUCUACAGCGCAGAUGGGGAGUUCCUCUACAAGUUUGGUUCCCACGGGGAGGGGAACGGCCAGUUUAAUGCCCCCACUGGGGUUGCUGUGGAUUCCAAUGGAAAUAUAAUUGUGGCUGACUGGGGCAACAGCAGAAUACAGGUGUUUGACAGCUCAGGUUCAUUCCUGUCCUACAUAAACACCAUGGGGGACCCCCUGUACGGCCCCCAAGGUCUGGCUCUGACCUCAGAGGGACACGUGGUGGUGGCAGACUCUGGGAACCACUGCUUCAAGGUGUAUCGGUAUCUGCAAUGAUGGACCCCAGCUUCAGCCGCCUCGCCCAGCUGUACGUCAGGCCUGAAGUGGUGUCUCCUUCUUCUUCUUCUUCUUGUUCUUCUUCUCCUCCUUCCUUCUUUCUCCUUUCUCCUCCUCCUUCUUUCUCCUC